AUGUCAAUCAUGAAGCCCUGUUUAAUGACCAUUUCUAUCCUUCUGAUCCUGGUUCAUAAGACUCCAGGUGGACUGUUCAGAUCCUCCUAUAGCAAGAGCCAAGAGUCUUGGAAUCCAUGCCAGGUUUACCAUGGCAUGUGCAGAAAUGCCUGCAGAAAAUAUGAAAUUCAAUACUUUACCUGCCCAAAUGAUCAAAAGUGCUGCCUGAAACUUUCCGUGAAAACAGCCAGUUCUAACCACGCAAAGGAGGAUUACAACGCUGACUCCAACUAG